CGCACCUCCCAGCCCCAGUGCCCAGGAGGCUGGGAUGGUGGGGGGCACACUCCCGAAGCUCCUAGGCGCCUUCCAGCAGCAUGAAGAGGGGGAAAGGGCUGCUUCAGCACGCGGUUAUUUCGGGGUGAAGGCUCGCCCCAAUGAAAAGCAUGUCAGAAAAGGAAAGAGAAGAGUGAAAAUAGGAAGGCUUUAAAAAAACCGGAAAGAAAUAGACGCCCAUCCUUAUUUUCCCUCCAAUGUCAACAAGCGAAAUGAAAACAUUUCCAGGGUGAUCGCAAGCGCCUACUCGCUUCCCAGCCGGAUCAGAAGCGGAGGAGACGCUGGAGCGGCGAGGAGACGGCGACGAGUCACCCGGCGCGUGAGCGACGGCCCGGAGCCGGACGGAAGGGGAAGGAAGAGACGCACGGGCAGAGCGUGUGUUACCUGGUUUAUUUCGAGACGGGCAUGGCCUUCUCCCUGCACAUCCCGCACUGCAGAAGGCCAUCCUAGGCGCCCGCCACUGCGCCGCCCCCGCCCGCCGCCGCGCCGCGAGCCCCCGGCCCGGCUUCCCGGCGGCGCGCGACCCCAGCCCCGAGCUCGCCGCCGCCCAGGCCGCAGGAACCAAGUAAGUAACCCCGGCUUCGCCCCGCGCGCCGGACCCUUCCCCCGCCUCAUCCCACCGCUUCCAAGCCUCGCCAGGCCCUCCUCCCGCGAAGGUGCGGGGCACCCCUCCCCGCGCCAGGGGAGGACCUUCCCUCCGCCGCCCGCCAGCGCCUCGGAGGGCGGUCCCCCCGGGGGCACCCAGUCCUAAGGGCUCGGGGAGGCCUGGCCGGCCUGCAGCCCGACGGGGGAAGUAGUGCCCAGCCGCGCCUCUCCUCCUGCGCCUCCAUUUCCUGCCCUUUCCAUCCGUCCUCUCCCCGCUCUCCCACGCUUCCCUCCGCCGCCGCCGCCCCCGCUAUUAAAAAUAAAACCGGAUACAAACUUUAAUCAAUAAGGACAAAUACUGACGCUCAAACGAAAAGGACCCAAUGCGGUGCGGAGGGAGGCGGCAUCCCGAGUGUGCGCCUGUAGCUCGGAAAAUUAAUUGUGGCUAUAGCCGCCUCGAUCGCUGUCUCCCCAGCUCGCCGCGGCCGCUCCGGGACGCGCCCGCCCGCCGCCCGGCUCUCCCCCCCUUUGGGCUGCUGCUGCUGCUGUGACUGCUGCUGGGCGAGGAGGAGGAGGAGGAGGAAGCAGCAGGGGGGGGGGGAGCGGGGGGUGGGGGGGAGACCUAGAAGUAGAGUUGGGAGCGAGGGAGCUUCACCCCCGGGGCGGUGGUGGUUUCUUUUUUUCUCUUUCUUUUUUCCUUUUCCUUUUUUUUUUUCCCCUUCUAAUUCCUGAGGGGUGGUUGCUGCUGGUGCUACAUGACUUGCCAGCGCCGGAGCCUGCGGUCCAACUGCGCUGCUGCCGGAGCGCUCAGUGCCGCCGCCGCCGCCCGCGCCGCCCGCGCCCCGCUCGACACCCACCGGUCGCCGCCGCCCGCCGCGCCGCUGCCCCGCUCCCGCGCCGCCGCCGCCGCCGCUGCCCCUCGACGCCUGGGUGAUGCUGGACAUGGGAGAUAGGAAAGAGGUGAAAAUGAUCCCCAAGUCCUCGUUCAGCAUCAACAGCCUGGUGCCGGAGGCCGUCCAGAACGACAACCACCACGCGAGCCACGGCCACCACAACAGCCACCACCCGCAGCACCACCACCACCACCACCACCAUCACCACCACCCGCCGCCGCCGGCGCCGCAACCGCCGCCGCAGCAACAGCCGCCGCCGCCGCCGCCGCCGCCCCAGGCCCCGCAGCCCCCCCAGGCGCGGGGCGCCCCGGGACCCGACGACGACAAGGGCCCCCAGUCGCUGCUGCUGCCGCCGCCGCCGCCGCCGCCGCCCUCGGCCGCCGCCCUGGACGGGGCCAAAGCGGACGGCCUGGGCGGCAAGGGCGAGCCGGGCGGCGGCGGCUCUGGGGAGCUGGCGCCCGUCGGGCCGGACGAGAAGGAGAAGGGCGCGGGCGCCGGGGGGGAGGAGAAGAAGGGGGCGGGCGAGGGCGGCAAGGACGGGGAGGGGGGCAAGGAGGGCGAGAAGAAGAACGGCAAGUACGAGAAGCCGCCCUUCAGCUACAACGCGCUCAUCAUGAUGGCCAUCCGGCAGAGCCCCGAGAAGCGGCUCACGCUCAACGGCAUCUACGAGUUCAUCAUGAAGAACUUCCCCUACUACCGGGAGAACAAGCAGGGCUGGCAGAACUCCAUCCGCCACAACCUGUCGCUCAACAAGUGCUUCGUGAAGGUGCCGCGCCACUACGACGACCCGGGCAAGGGCAACUACUGGAUGCUGGACCCGUCGAGCGACGACGUGUUCAUCGGCGGCACCACGGGCAAGCUGCGCCGCCGCUCCACCACGUCGCGGGCCAAGCUGGCCUUCAAGCGCGGGGCGCGCCUCACCUCCACCGGCCUCACCUUCAUGGACCGCGCCGGCUCCCUCUACUGGCCCAUGUCGCCCUUCCUGUCCCUGCACCACCCCCGCGCCAGCAGCACUUUGAGCUACAACGGCACCGCGUCGGCCUACCCGAGCCACCCGAUGCCCUACAGCUCCGUGUUGACGCAGAACUCGCUGGGCAACAACCACUCCUUCUCCACGGCCAACGGGCUGAGCGUGGACCGGCUGGUCAACGGGGAGAUCCCGUACGCCACGCACCACCUGACGGCCGCCGCGCUCGCCGCCUCGGUGCCCUGCGGGCUGUCGGUGCCCUGCUCCGGGACCUACUCCCUCAACCCCUGCUCGGUCAACCUGCUCGCGGGCCAGACCAGUUACUUUUUCCCCCACGUCCCGCACCCGUCCAUGACCUCGCAGAGCAGCACGUCCAUGGGCGCCCGGGCCGCGUCCUCGUCCACGUCGCCGCAGGCGCCCUCCACCCUGCCCUGCGAGUCCCUCAGACCCUCGCUGCCGAGCUUCACGACGGGACUGUCCGGGGGACUGUCCGAUUAUUUCACACAUCAGAACCAGGGGUCUUCCUCCAACCCUUUAAUACAUUAACGUCCCCGGGACCAGACUGUAAGUGAACGUUUUACACACAUUUGCAUUGUAAAUGAUAAUUAAAAGAAAAAAUAAGUCCAGGUAUUUUUUAUUAAGCGACCCCUCCCCCUCCAACCCCUCCUCCCCCCUCCCCCGCCAUUUCUGUACGUUUGUUCAGUCUUUAGGGUUGUUGAUUAUUCUAACAAGGUGUGGAGUGUCAGCGAGGUGCAAUGUGGGGAGCAUACAUUGUAGAAUAUGAAGUUUGGAAGUCAAAAUUAUAGUAGAACGUGUAUCUAAAUAGUGACUGCUUUGCCAUUUCAUUCAAACCUGACAAGUCUCAGAGCCGCCAGAUGUCCAUGUGUGCAGUAUUAUAAGUUAUCAUGGACCUACAUGGUGGACGCAGACCUUGAGAACAACCUAAAUUAUGGGGAGAGUUUUUAAAUGUUAAACUGUAAUUUGUAUUUAAGAAGCAUUCGUAGUAAAGGUGCCCAAGAAAUUAUUUUGGCCGUUUAUUGUUUUGUCCUUUUCUUUUUAAAACUGUUUUUUUUUUCCUUUUGUUUACUUUUAGACCAAAGAUUGGGUUCUAGAAAAUGCACUUGGUAUACUAAGUAUUAAAAAAAAAAAAAAGAAAGUUGUUUCAGUUGGCAGCACUGCCCAUUCAAAUGAAUUGGAAGGGGACAAAAUUAAUGAUUGCCUUCAGUUUGUGUUGUGUAUAUUUUGAUGUAUGUGGUCACUAACAGGUCACUUUUAUUUUUUCUAAAUGUAGUGAAAUGUUAAUACCUAUUGUACUUAUAGGUAAACCUUGCAAAUAUGUAACCUGUGUUGCGCAAAUGCCGCAUAAAUUUGAGUGAUUGUUAAUGUUGUCUUAAAAUUUGAUUGUGAUACUGUGGUCAUAUGCCCGUGUUUGUCACUUACAAAAAUGUUUACUAUGAACACACAGAAAUAAAAAAUAGGCUAAAUUCAUAUAUAACUUGAUACUUUUGUCUCUUUUAUUAACUAGAGAGCUAAGUUCUAGAGAAUUCAAAGGCUUUUUCAGCCAAAUAAAAUUUAAAAGCUCCUUUCAUUUGAACUGAGACUUUAAAUGAAAAGAGUAUUUUUUUCCAUUAUGGAAUCAAAUUUUACAAAGGAGCAGGCUAUUUAAUAAACACUAGCUUUAAACAAAGUAUAGGCUUUUCAGCUGAUAUUUUUAAGUUUCUGCAGAUGUACUCAAAAAGAGAUAAAUUUAAUGUGCAUAGUUAUUUACCCUGUGUUUAUUUUCAAAUCAGUCAAUAGAAUGCUUACUUUUUAUAUAUUUUGUUUCAGGUAUCUUGUUUAUACCACUUGGCAAACUAUAAAUAAAUGUAUGUGGUUAGAUCUAAGUGAAUAUAAUGCACACAAUAUGUAAUAUAUAUAGACACACAGAGCCCUUCAGUUCAGGUAAAAUUUGCGCUAUGAAUGCUGCAAAUAUUUUUGUUUAAAUAUUUGUAUUUAUACUAAGUCAG